UAAACAGCACUUACUGGUAUGGGAGACUUACAAGCAUCAGAAAGACCUAUAAAAUGAAACACAGAUCAAGAGAAAAAGACUUUCUUGCCAUUAAAUCAAAGAUAGGGAAAUGUAAUAUUGUAAGCGAGAGUGAAAAUGUUGUAUUGUUUUCAGUGAGUAUUUAUGGAUUCUAUGAAAAUGACUGGGUUUGUAAUUGCCUGACGUUCAACAACGAUUAUGACAAAUUCUUCAAAGUGACACCGCCAGAAGUUUUGAGAAAAUGCGUUCCGUAUAUGACUAACAUACAGGAAACAAUAUUAUGUAGCAGUGAGAUUUCUGAUAUUGUCUUGAAAUUUGGAUUGGACUUUGUUUGCUUUUUUCACACAUGUUCAAAAUAUUCAAAAAUAUAUGAGGAUGGUUUAAAUAUAAUGAAUCUUCCUCGUCAUGUGGUUGAUAUGUCAGUCAACGUUGACGGCAUUAAUGAGUUCAGUGAAUUCAAACAAUAUGUGGAUAAGAUCAUGAAAUGUGAACAUAAAUCUUUAAAGUCAUUGAAUCUGAAUAGUCUGCUUGGCUCAUACCUUAUUGGACGAGAGAAAGGCAAAGAGAAAGCAUUGGAUAGUCUCGGACUUUCUCAUACGAAAUGGAACAUUCUAGUUUCUAUUCUGAUGUCAGAGAGUUACAGUUUAUCCUUAAACUCAUCAUGGGAAGAAAUAUUAACAAGUCUUCAAAGUGUGUUCCCUUUAUUAAGGUGCGAAUCAAGAAUGUUAGACAGUGAUAUCGCUGAAUUGACUGAUAUCUAUAAAGUGUUAAAAAAGGAGAAUAACUCAGUCAGAUUUAUAUCAGAUGAUGUCCGCCAUCAAGUGAUGAGUUACUUCGUAAAGAAUUGUCUGAUUACUGAUGAGAACUACGAGAAUUAUAUCAAGCUGUCGUCGGAGGACUCGUUAUUGGAGUACGUACGACCGUGGUGGUAUAUGGAGAAAGAAUGGUGCAUGGAAAGCGAAAAAUAUCUGUUCCUGCCGGAAAGUUUGGAGGAUUUGUUUAUCCAAAGACUUGGAUUAGACGUCCUACGUCACGUCAUUGUGGAUUGGAAUAAUCGGACUGAAGAUAGAAUUAAAAAAGUCAGAGAGGCAUUUCAAGAAAAGUUCAAACUUCCAUCUAUUGUGUUUUGCGAGACGAAUCGGAAAAUAUUUGUGGAAUAUGUGAAGAAAAUCUCAAAAGAAAAACAAGUUUCCAUGCAGUCUUUGAAUCUUAACAGUCUUUUUGGAUCCUUUUUAAUUGGAAGAGAUGACUACAGCUCUGAAGUACCUGAAAUUCUCGCACUUUCUCAGACAAAAAAGAGCAUUCUCGUUUCUAUUCUGAUAUCAGAGAGUUACAGUUUAUCCUUAAGUACAACAUGGGAAGAAAUGUCAAGAAAACUUCAAAGUGCGUUCCCGUUAUUAAAGUGUGAUUCAAAAACAUUAGACAGUGAUAUCACUGAAUUGAAAGAUAUCUCUAAAGUAUUGAAUAAGGAAAACAACUCAGUCAGAUUCAUAUCAGAUGAUGUCCGUCAUCAAGUAAUGAGUUACUUUGUGAGGAAUUGUCUGAUAACUGAUGAGGACUACGAGAAUUAUAUCAAACUGUCAUCAGUGGACUCUUUGUUGGAAUACGUACGGCCGUGGUGGUAUAUGGUAGAAACAGACCUCAAGAAAUGGUUGUUCCUACCGGAGACUUUGGAGGAUUCAUUCUUCCAAAGACUUGGAUUAGACGUCCUACGUCACCCCACGAUAAAACGUUUUGGGGAAUGUGAUGAAGAGACAACAGAUACAUUCAGAGAAAAAGUGAAAGACAACUUUAACGUACCGGAGGAAAUAUUUGGCUGGGAAUAUGGCGCACGAUAUAGAUACAUAGAAUGUGCCAAAAGGGGAACAAAGACAGUACAUAGAGCUCGCGCAAUGAUUGUUGGAUGUGCAGGUGCUGGGAAAACCACUCUUCUAAAACGACUUGAAAAGCUAGGAUUAGAGGAAUUGCUGAAGGUGGACUCAACUGUUGGACUUGAGGUUCAUGAAGACAUGUUUGAACUGGAUGAGGACUCUUGUUUAAGAGCGUUAUCAGACAGUACAAACAAAGACGACAAGCAUAUACUGAGCGUGGUCGAUUUUGGAGGACAGUGUGCCUACUACGCCCGUCAUCAGGUGUAUUUCAGCACCUUCUAUCUACUGGUGAUAGAUAUGUCAAAACCUUUCACAGAAACAGUUGACGAAAAUAAAUGUGAGCAACGGGAGACAAUGUUUGCAGACUGGACAUAUGGAGAAUACGUUCUUUUCUGGCUGAAAUCUAUUCACACGUACUGUGCUGAGGACACAUCAGUCAUUGUUGUAGCUACACACAGUGAAAAUGCUACACAGAAGGAAAAAGAUGGAUUUUAUGGACAGCUCUUGGAUUUGCUACCUACAGAUUCGAAUCUUAAGAAACAUUUAAAAUUUGAGAGGUGUUUCUUUGUUAAUUUUCCUUGUGAUAAAGGUGAAGAAUUGGAAUAUUUAUCUGACUUAGAAAAAUAUAUUGUUUCUAUUGCCAAAGACAGAAGAUGGAAAGAAAACAUUCCAAAAGAAUGGUCAGUAAUUGAACUAGCUUUUAUCACAAUGAGACGUUCUAAAAAGAUAGUUCCAAUCGAAGAACUCAAAGAGAAAUACUGGAAGGCUAAGAGAGAUGACGGCUUGAAAAUGGAGGAUGCACUAUGCUUUUUCCACGACAUUGGAUUGAUUCUGCACUUUAAGGAAGAGAAUCUAUCAAAUACCAUAAUUGUUGACGUCCAGUGGUUUGUUGAUACGUUUAAAUUCGUAAUAUCAGACAAGAAUCAUGUCCGCGAUUUAGCAGAAACUGACAAGGAGUGGCAGUACUUCCACAGGACUGGGUAUCUCAUGGACAAUUUUCUUAGUCGAGUUUGGGGAAGCUUAUAUAUAAACUCUCGGGAAAGGCCGAUCAUUUUGCAAUAUAUGCAAAGACUAGGACUACUAGCGAUAGGAGAUUUAAAACAUUAUGUUCCAUGUAUGAAUAAAAAAGAUUUUGGUAGGAAGGAAAGGAUUGCCUUACGGGGAAUGGAAACAAAAUCUUCUGUGUUGGUGCUACAUUUCCACUUUUUACCGUUCUUCUUCUACUGUCGAUUGAUAGUUGCCUGCAUUGUGCGAACAGAGUGGAAGGUGGUAGAAGAUAAAGGUUUGCCAGGCUUGUAUAAAAACGUCGCAAUUUUCGUAUACAGAGACCACCUAAUUGCUUUGGUUGUAACUCAAACUGCAAUUCAAGUUCAAAUUUUGAGACCACAAAACUCACCUAUUGAUGCCAAUGUCGCUGUUCAUAUCAAAGAGACUCUAGAAAAUAGACUUGGAUACUUAACAAGCACAUUUCACAAGAAAGUUGCAUACAAUAUUGCAUUUCAGUGUUCAUAUCAAGAUGUGCUUUGCGAAAGUGAAGAAUGCUAUGUGUAUGAAAAAGAAUUAAUAUCAAAAAACGAUAAAAUAUUGUGUCCAAGACAUGGAUUUCCAGAAUCACAUGAGAUUAAUAUAAAAUCUCUGACAAAGUUCUGGAAUAGA